CCCCGCAGGCUGUGGUGUGCGGUGUGCACACGGACAGUGCGCGGCGCACCGAUCCACCCGGUCCCCGUGACGAGCCGCGCCCGCGCGCUAGACACACACGCGCGCGCGAACACGACACGACACGUGACCGCGCGCGGCCAUGGCGAGAGGAGGCGGCGGCGGCGGCCCGAGGCCGGAGGAUGACCCCUUCUCCGACGGCGACACCACCGGAUCCGAUUCCGACGAGUCCCCUCGGCAGGGGAUGGGGGCUCGACGCCCCGGCGCCACCUCCAACCCGAUCCUGACACGCCUCGCGGUGUCGCGGAACCCGAGCCCGCUCGCCGCGGCCACCGCGGCCCCAGGGGUCUGCCUCCUCCGCUUCGCCUGGGAGUCCGCCGCGGGCUCCCUCGUCGGCGCCGUCGUUGGAUACGGUAAAGGUUUGGUUAUGAUGAAGGGGUUUAAAGGAUCAUUUCCUGAUGCUGCAUCAUCUGCUAAGAUAUUUGCUGUUCUUGCUGGUGUUCAAAGUUUGGUAGCUUGCUCUUUGAGAAAACUUCGUGGAAAAGAUGAUGGAAUCAAUGCAGGAGUCGCAGGCUGUUGUACUGGCCUUGCUUUGAGCUUUCCAGGUGCUCCGCAAACUCUGAUUCAGAGCUGCCUGACCUUUGGGACUUUCUCUUACAUCAUUGAGAAGCUAAACAAGCAGCAGCCUGCGCUGGCGCUCCCGCCUGCCACAGGUGUGACGGGUCUGAAGGCUGGACAAAGCGUUCUUCCUCCCUUCACACUUCCUCUUCCGGAUGCGAUGGACGAAAUUUCUAAGUUCCAAAACUUUUUGUCAUCCAAAUUUCGGGGAAACUGAGUUAUCCUUGUGGAGUGACGCCUAGUUACCUACUCUGGAACGUGUCCUUGUAAAUGCGUCUAUGGUCAAUCAGAGUUUUUUUUUUCCUUGUUUAUUUCUUGGCGAGUGUAUGUUCCCAACGUAGUGUUUUGCUAGUAUUGAUGAUUCUACCCUGUUAUGUGACAAUUUUGCAAAUAAGGGGAGCAGCUUGUCCUUUGUUCAA